UCAUUAUCAAAGCCAAGGUUUGAUCUUUGAAUAGGAUUGGGUCAAAAAAUGAGGCUGGUGGUGGAAGUCAUUGAAGCAAGAAACAUACCGGCAAUGGAUUUAAACGGCUUCAGUGAUCCGUACGUGAAGCUUCAGCUAGGAAAACAGAGGUACAAGACCAAAGUGGUGAAGAAGUCGUUGAACCCAAGUUGGGGUGAGGAAUUCAUUUUCAAGAUGGAGGAUUUGAAGGGGAAGCUUCUCGUUUCUGUGUUGGACGAGGAUAAGCUCUUCAAUGAUGAUUUCGUUGGCCACCUUAAACUCCCUGUUUCCCGGGUUUUUGAAGCUCCCCAAAACUCUCUCGGCUCUGCUUGGUAUCCCCUCAAACCCAGGAACAAAAAACCCAAGAACAAGGAUUUGGGUGAAAUACUUCUAAAUAUCUAUUUUCGUCAAAAUGAUUCUUCCAAGGAAAUGAGUUGUAACAGUGAUGAUGAUGCAUCAUCAUCAAACUACACUUCUCCUUUGAGAAAAGGAAAUAUUAUGUCUUCCAAGGAAAGGAAAUCAUCAAUAUCAUUAACACAAAAAUCCCUACCAGCUCGAAUUGCUCCUCCUUUAAGAGAAGAAGAUGGUGUGUCUUUCAAACAAGAAAGAUCAAUAUCAUUAUCACAAAAAUCCCUAGCAGGUCGAAUUGCUCAAAUCUUUAAUAAAAAUUCCGACGUUGUUGUGACUACCUCCACUAACACUACUGAUUCGAAGGAGAUGCCUGAACAUUUAAAGGCUGAUGCUUUUGACGACAAGUCUGAGGCUCAGUCAUCCUCUGUUUCAUUUGAGGAAGCAAUGAAAACAAUGGAAUCUAGGGAUCAGGGGAGUGAAAUGCCUAGCAAUUUACCUGGAGGAAUCCUUGUGGAUGAAUCAUAUGUGAUCUCACCAUUAGAGCUAAACUCUCGACUUUUUUCACCUGAUUCCAGUUUCCCUACGUCAUUAGCAGAGGCGCAGGGAUCAACAGAUCUACAGUUCGGGCCUUGGAAAUUUGACAAUGGUGAUCCCAGCUUGAAAAGAGUUUAUUGUUACAUCAAGGCAGCAACCAAAUUUAUUAAGGCUACAAAAGCCACCGAGGAGCAAAUGUAUCUAAGAGCUGAUGGGAAGUCUUUUGCUGUUCUAGCAGUUGUGAGCACUCCCGAUGUUCCGUAUGGGAGCACCUUCAAAACUGAAUUGCUGUAUUGUAUCACUCCUGGACCUGAGCUUCCGUCUGGAGAACAGUCUUCACAUUUGGUUAUUUCUUGGCGAAUGAACUUCAUACAGAGCACGAUGAUGAAAAGUAUGAUAGAAAAUGGAGCUCGACAGGGUCUAAAGGAAGGCUUUGAGCAUUUCACUACUUUACUAGCUCAGUCCAUUAAACCAGUUGAAUCAAAAGAUAUUGGGUUAAACAAAGAACAGAUUUUGGGAUCAUUACAAGCUGAACCCGUGUCAGGUAGGAAAUUGGCAGUCCAAUACUUUGCUAAUUUUACCACGGCUUCCACAAUUUUUAUGGCAUUGUAUGUAAUAGUUCAUAUCUGGCUGGCUUCACCUGGUACAAUUCAAGGACUAGAGUUUGUUGGGCUUGACUUACCCGAUUCAAUUGGUGAAUUCAUUGUGUGUGGUGUUCUGAUUCUUCAAGGUGAAAGGGUGAUGCAGUUAAUCUCACGCUUCAUGCAGGCUAGAGCUCAAAAAGGAAGUGAUCAUGGAGUGAAAGCACAAGGAGAUGGAUGGUUACUAACAGUUGCCUUGAUCGAGGGAAGCAAUUUAGCAGCUGUAGAUUCAAGUGGGCUCUGUGACCCAUAUGUGGUGUUCACUUGCAAUGGGAAAAGUAGAACCAGCUCAAUCAAGUUCCAGAAAUCUAGUCCCCAGUGGAAUGAAAGAUUUGAAUUUGAUGCAAUGGAAGAGCCUCCUUCCGUACUGGAUGUUGAAGUAUUUGAUUUUGAUGGACCUUUCGAUGAUGCUACAUCUUUGGGACAGGCCGAGGUUAAUUUUUUAAAAACUAACAUAGCAGAUCUAGCUGAUGUGUGGAUUCCUCUGCAAGGUAAGUUGGCUAUGGCAUGUCAGUCUAAACUGCACUUGAGAAUUUUCUUGAACAACACAAAAGGUGGAUACGUGGUUAAAGAGUACUUGAGUAAGAUGGAGAAAGAAGUGGGGAAGAAGAUAAAUCUGAGGUCUCCUCAAACGAAUUUAGCCUUUCAAAAACUCUAUGGGCUUCCACCAGAAGAAUUUCUCAUCAAUGACUUUACCUGUCACCUGAAAAGGAAAAUGCCUCUUCAGGGCCGCCUGUUUCUAUCAGCAAGAAUUAUUGGGUUUCAUGCUAACAUAUUUGGGCACAAGACAAAGUUCUUCUUCCUUUGGGAAGACAUCGACGGAAUUCUAGUUUCUCCUCCUACGUUGGCAUCAAUGGGCAGUCCAAUUAUCGUAAUAACUCUCCGUCUCGGAAGAGGGAUGGAUGCGAGACAUGGUGCAAGGACACAAGAUGGCGAAGGAAGGCUGAAGUUCCAUUUCCAGUCUUUUGUAUCUUUCAAUGUAGCUCAUAGGACAAUCAUGGCCCUGUGGAAAGCCAGGUCCUUGAGCCCAGAGCAGAAAGUGCGAAUAUUUGAAGAAGAGUCUGAAACCAAAUGUCUCCAAAAUGAAGAGAGUGGAUCCUUCUUAGGCGUUGAGGAUGUCAGCAUGUCUGAGAUUUUUUCAGUUACACUUACUGUUCCUAUUAGUACAGUCAUGGAGAUAUUCAGUGGUGGUGAAACAGAUCGUAAAGCUAUGGAGAGAGCUGGUUGCCUGAACUUGUCUUGUAGUCAAUGGGAUUCAGAAGGUGCUGAUGUAUACGAGCGGCAAAUUUAUUACAGAUUUGAUAAGCGUGUGUCCCGAUUUAGAGGAGAGGUGACUAGUACUCAGCAGAAAUCCCCACUUCCCGAUAUGAAGGGUUGGCUUAUUGAAGAAGUUAUGACUCUUCAUGCUGUUCCACUUGGUGACUAUUACAAUCUUCACGUUAGAUACCAGAUCGAGGAUUUAAAAGCAAAUGGAUGUCAGGUGCGAGUGUUAGCUGGAGUUGCAUGGUUGAAAAGCACAAAGAAUCAGAAAAGGAUUGCCAAAAACAUCCUCUCAAACCUAGAAGGACGCUUGAAGGAGCUUUUUAGAUUUUAGCAUAGAAAGGGUUCACAGAUAAUCUUAGACAUCGCCUUCGGGAAGUUGCUGUAGUCUAUUUGUUCAUUCUUUCUAGUUUGAGAUCUAUCCGGAUUUGCACUAUAGGGGCAAUCAGGGCAAGUAUCUCGAUCAAGUAAACCCCAAAUUUUGCUUGGAAGUGAAUGUGGUGGCCGUGGGCGCGCACCAGGCAAGUUCUUUGGCUUGACUUGGUUUCGGAACCCGGCAGCUUCUGUCUGAUGGUUGUAGAGACCAAAUCCCCUGCCAAAGGUUUAUUUCAUUUAGAGGUCUGUUGUGGCUCCUUUUACCAUUUCUAGACUAGAUGAACAUAUUCUUUGUCGCCAUUUUCAGGAAUCCCCUCAAACUGUAUUUCUGUUGUACUCUGACUGGAAUUGUGAAGAGCAGCUGUUGUUUCUUGACAAACUGCUAUGUAAUCAUAAUUUAACUGCAAAAACAACAUUCAUAUUUGAU